AUGCCACCUACUCGAGAUGAUCUCGAUGGGGAGGACGAGACGCUAGGGCUGCGAUCUGGUCAGCCGACCGAUCAGCGUGGGCCGCUGUGCUCGUACGUGGCGGCGACGGCGCUGCUGCUGCUGGGGUGCGGGGUGGGGCUGGGCAUCAGCGCGCUGCUCUCGCUGCUCUUCCCCGCCACCUCGCUCCGCUUCAUCUCCACCAACGCGCCCCCUGACGCGCUGGCGGAAGCUCAGUCGCAAGUGACGUUCCUGGUGCUGGGCGACUGGGGUCGCAACGGCGACUACAACCAGUCCAUCGUCGCGGAAUCGAUGGGCGAGGUGGCUGCUGCAAUAGACAGCAGCUUCGUGGUGUCGACGGGGGACAACUUCUAUGACGAUGGCCUGCAGGACAUCAACGACCCCACCUUCGCCUCCUCCUUCUCCGAGAUCUACCAGGCUCCCAGCCUGCAGACGCAGUGGUAUGCAGUGCUGGGCAACCACGAUUACCAUCGCAACCCCGAUGCGCAGACGGACCCGGCGCUGAGGCAGAGGGAUCCGCGCUGGCGCUGUGAGAAGACCUACACCGUCGUGCAUGACACCUGCCCCAAGUUCCGCUACUCUGUGUGCAACCCGCUGGUGCAGCUGUUCUUUAUCGACACGUCCCCCCUGGUGGCGGGGUACUGGCACGGCAAGCCACACGAGUUUGAGAAGCUCAACUUCACAGGCCUCCCAGACUCCUCCCUCACCCUGCACUACCAGCUCACGAUGCUGCGUGCAGCGCUGGUAUCAUCCUCUGCCACGUGGAAGGUGGUGAUUGGCCAUCACCCCAUCCACAGCACAGGCAGCCAUGGCGACACGCCUGAGCUGAUCAAGUUCCUCUACCCGCUUCUCAAGCGCUACAAUGUGGACUUCUACAUGAACGGCCAUGACCACAACCUAGAGCUAUACAAGGAUGCAAACAGUUGUAUGUUCUUUGUCACAAGCGGGGGCGGCUCGAAGGUGGAUCGGAAUCGCACGGUAACUGGCGACAACAAUUCCAUGUUUUAUCAUUCUCGACAGGGCUUUGUCUCUGCAAGUGCUAGCCACCUUCGCGGAAGCGCCAUGGCGUAUGACGCGGAUCACGAGGCGCUACGCGGCGUGGCGUACGUGCCGUUGGAAAUCGAGGAUCCGCCAGAGCCGUUGAACAGCAGACGUGCGUCUGCCAGGGAACCACGCCAACGUUCUUCUACACGAUUAGGGUUUCGUAGCAAGCGUGACUAUAACGAGUUUCACGAUUUUCAAUACACUCUGGAGCAGGAACGUCAGGCCGAUGCGUCUUCAACGUCAGAAAGCCGUCUUCAACCCCACAGGCUCGGAGCUGCUGAGAUUGACGUACAUCCGAACCUGAACAGCAGGUUCGGUGCGGCCGAGCUUGACGUGCAGCUUGGCCCUCCGGACCUGACAGAGGAGGGAGCGAGAGAAGAAGUGGGCGAAGAUUGGCGAAGAGUUGGCGACGUGGACGGGUUUAUGCGAGGCGUUCUGGCCUUCACCAUCCUCUUCUCCGCGCUGCUGUUGCUCCUCAUCGACUGGCGCGCGCUCCUCGCGCUCAACUGCUCCGCCGCCUCCGCCGCCGCCGCAGCUGCCGCCAUCUCCGCAACUCCCCUUCCUCCUGCUGCUGCCGCCAGCGGUGGAUUCGUGGCAGUGGGGGCGGGUGAGCGGCCCGUUGCACGGACGCUGGCGGAGACACAGGGCGAGAGGGAGUGGCGGGGGGUAGGUUCGUACGAGCGAGGCGGGGCGAGAGGCACGCGGGGCAGGGGUGCAGGGGCGAUGAGAGGUGUUGGCCCAGACACGAUUGAUACGCUGAUUCAUGAGAAGCGGAGGGGGCUUGUAGAAGGGAGGGCAGCAGAGGAGAGUGUAGGAGAGGGGAGAAUAGGAGGGGGCGCAGCAGAGGGCGCAGCAGAGGUGGCGAUACAUGAAGCAGAGGGGGCGGCGGAGGGGGCGUGCGACGUGCUGAGGCACGCCAUCAGGAGGGACGUGUUCCGGCGUGUGACUGUGUGGGAAGUGACAGUAACGGCGUACCUGGCGCUGCUGUGCCUGUACUGGCUGCUCUGCUUCGCGCACUUCUUCCUCCGCUUCCCCGCACUGCUGGAAACGCGCGCCCUCUUCCGCCACAGGUUACGGUUAUCCGACCAUCAGCUGCUCAUGACGCCCUGGCCCGCCGUGGUGGCGCGCCUGGCCCACCACCUCUAUCAUGAGCCGGCGGCUGCGGGCGUUCGCUCCUGGUCUAAUUUGGCGCGCUGGAUGUUCAAGGAGUACAAUGAGGUGGAUCAUCUGACUUCCCAGCGCCUGGACGCGGCAUGCCCACGCGCGGACGAGUAUUUGGCGCAGUUCCCCUCGCCGCUGCUCUCACUGGCUGCCAAGCUCCUCUCCUUCGUUGCCGGCUCCUUGGCUGCUCUGCUGCUCGCGCUGGCUCUUGCAGACGAGAAGCUGCUGGAGGCGCAGCUCUUUGGGCGCGGCCUCGUGUGGUACGCGGCAAUACUGGGCGCAGUGCUGGCAGCAGCACGGCCGGUGGCGCAGGCGGACAGGGCGGCGGGCAGUGUGGAUCCCAGGGGCGCGCUGCUGCGGGUGGCGCAGCACACGCACUUCCUGCCCAGCAGGUGGCGCAGCAAUGCGCACACGCAGCAAGUCAGAGACGAGUUCCAGACGCUGUACCAGCUGAAGCCACUGCUCUUUCUCGCGGACGUGCUCGCCAUCUUCAUCACGCCCUUCAUUCUCUGGUUCAUCCUACCCCAGAGGGCGGACGCCAUUCUCGCCUUCCUGCGGAGCAACUCUUCUUACCACGAGGGGCUGGGCCAUGUGUGCUCCCACAGCGCGUUCCCCUCGCAAGGAAAGCAGCAGCAGCAGCAGCAGCAGCGGUGCUGGGAGUGCGACCAAGGGUGA